AGACAUUUUUUCUCUUCGGCGGACCCGGUUUACCUGUGAUCUUCCCGCUUCCGCGCGGUGGUUUUGGUGUUGUUUGCUUUCUCAAUUUUUGUCCCUGCGCGAGGAAGAAUGAAGUUGUGGCUGAUGUUCGUCUUGUUGCUCGGCGCUGUGGCUGCCGAAGAAACAGAAGAUGAGGUCGUGGACACGACGGUGUACAAAUUUGCGACGAAGCCGCAGAAUCUGACGGCCAAGUUGGGAGACACGGUGAGGAUCGCGUGUGACGUCAUCAACGAAAAAGGGGCCCCGGUUUUGGACGACUCGACCGUGCUGAGCGUUUGGCUCUUCGGGGAGAGUGCUUUGUUCGCCGGCCCCACGCGGUUGAACUAUGACAAGCGAUACAACCUGGAUGGACGCACUUUGGUGAUCAAAGACGUGAAGCAGUCGGACGGGGGCAAGUACACGUGCCAGUUAUCGACGUCGAACGCGCCCAAGUUGUUCCAGUUCCUGGUGGUGCACGUGCCGCCGACAGUGAAAGCGGUGCUGGAGACCGUCGUGGCCAAGUCCGGGGAGGACGUAACCCUGCGCUGCGAUGCGUCUGGCAGCCCCGAACCCGGGAUCAAGUGGAAGAAGCGCGGGGAGAUGCUGGCUGAGACGGGAUCUACGCUCACGCUCGAAAAAGUGUCCCAUCAUCAGGCUGGCAACUACUCGUGCGAGGCUGACAACGGCGUCGGAACUGCUGCGGCGAAUAUCCGCCUGGAUGUAUUGUUCAAGCCGAUUAUCAAGGUUGAAAAGCAGUGGAUCCACUCGGGUGAGAACAACCAGGCCGAACUGACUUGCGAAAUCAGUGCCCAACCCCGACCGAUUGUUCAAUGGCUGAAGGACGGCGUUGAACUAGACCAAGAAACUCCUCACUGGACUCAGUCACCUGCCGACGGAAGCGACAUCUACACGCUCGAACUGAAGAAUCUGAAGCGAGAACACUUCGGAACUUACGAAUGCCAGGCUGUCAACGAUCUUGGAACUGAUUCGAAAACAAUCGAACUGUCCGGUGUUGCCCAUAAGGCCCAGUUCGUGUCUAAUCCGAACGGGGACAAACCGGAUGCCUACACUUUGAGGUGGACAGUGGAAAGCUUCAGUCCUGUGACGGAAUACCAGCUGAGCUACAGGCGUGUGAAGGCGAACGAAAGCACGGAUCUUCCCGCUGACUGGAUUAAGGUAACUGUGCCUGGAGACGGGACAGCGACAAAUUCAAGGAAGCAUGCAAAGGAGUUCGUGGUUCGCAAUCUGGCUCUUGCAACGGAGUAUGAAGUUAGUGUGCAGGUGAUCAAUAUGUUCGGUUCUAAUGAACCCGCGACGUUCAAGUUCGCUACGCUGGGUUCGAAGGUGGCAAAAGUCAUGACUGACGCAAGCUCGACCGUAACGACGUCUUGGAUCACCAUCGCGGCGACGUUGUUCGCUAUGGUUCACGCCACCGUAGUUCCGCUUCUUCUCCUGCCAUCUCGCCUGGUUUGAACUUCGGAACUGUUCUAGUUUUGCGAACAAGAGAGAAAGAACCUGAUGAAGGUUUUCAGCAGCAAUCCGAAAAAAGACGAAUGUGUUUGUUUGCAGCGAUGCGUGAGAGUGCAGUUUGUACAUUCCUGUGCUGAAGAUAAUUUUUUUAAGCGAUAUGUUAAUCCGAGUCGGGGUACUACUCGAGCGGAUUUCGUGUUAGGUCAGUUUUUAUUGAGUUUCCUCCGCAAUGCAUGUAUGGUUUGGCAGGCAAUUUCAAGUGUGUUCUGAGGGCGAUACGUGGGACGAAGAAUUUUUUCAUACUUUGACCGUGAUUCCCGCGAACUCAUGGCGUUAGAACAAAGAAUUUUUGAAGCUUUAAAGGGUUCGAGUGUGUGCGCUUCGCGUCUGCCUUCGGAAGAAAAAUUUCUGUUCAUGUCGAAUAGUCCAGGUUGUCCCGAAAGUUGCUGUCGUGUAAAUUGAAUUGGAAUUUUGUCGCAACCUUAACCAUUAUUUUGAACUUGACCUCUGUGAGAAACACAUUUUUCUUGUCAUAUGAAAAUUUCAGAACCUGAGACGGAUACCUGGCUCAGUUAGAUUAGCUAGUCCAGAACCGGAACGAACUCACCAUUAGUUUCGAUUAGUUCAGUCUGAAUUCAGCUUCUGUGAAUCCUAAUUCUUUUAAAACAGUAAUUUUCGGGACAAUCUUUUUCUAGUACUGUACUGUAUCUGAGGUUUCGACGUUCUACUUGAUGAGCGCAUGGCUUUUUUUUAGAUCACUUGUUUAGCAAUACGUCGCAACUUUGCCCGCCGAUUGUGCGUGUUUUAAAAACAUGCGCUCAUGACACGAGAUAUAUUGUGCCCCUUUUUUUAAGAUGAUCUUUGGACGAUUUGAACAAAGCUCUGAUUCCGGGGCGCCGUAACGGUUCGUGAACGAGAAAUUUUAGCAGUAUUGAACCAAUUUCGUUCGUGUGAGAGGUAAUCCGUUUUCCGCAGCUUUUUGUGAAAAGUAGGCAAUUGGUUGCGGUCAUCUGCCAUUUUUUUAAACCCGCCUGAAAUCCUAGAUUACCUUUAUCGAAGUGGAAAGAUGACUUUUUCAGGGUUUAGGUUGACAUUCUUGGGAAAGGUGAUGGGAAAGAAUGGACGAGUGCCGCAAUCGUUUCGGAGGGAAAAGAUGUCUUUAGGAAGGUGGAUCUCAGCUGUGGUACGAGGUUUUUGAGUGGGCGACGGAAAAACUUUAUUUUCGAGAAGGCUUAUUGCGCAAGGGAGGUGUUUUGUGGAAGUUGCCUGGUUCCGUGCCAAGUGUUGUUCAGGUGGCAGGCUGGGUGGACGAUGGCGAUAUUAGGUUCCUUUAUUUUGGCCCAGGUUUGAUUCGGAGGACCCACGUCUUGGUGACAUCUAUGUGAGGGAAAACGAAGUACUUUUCGCCGCUUAGAGAGGGUGAAUCAGUUUAGGUUAGUUGUGUCAGAUUUGUUUGGUUCGUGUGGUUCUUUCAAUUUAGGAUACGAAGACGACGAAAAGCAAUUUGUUUUCCUUUUAUUUAUUCGUCGCCGGUGCAUGAAUCUGAUGUGGUCCUUCUAAUGGAAACCAGCGCCCCUUAAUUUUUCGGUUGGGUCAUUCCGUGUAAACUCACGAUUCCAGAUUUUUGUUCCGUGUGCUGACUGCAAUGGAUUGAUUCUCACUUGCAUCCCGUUGAGAAGCUUCUGAAGUUAUUCGAGAUUUGAGAGAUGAGUUUAGCUGAUGUGAACUUCAGAAAUCUGUUUCCAUUCGAUAACGUUCGAAUCACUCGACUCGCGUAUGGCGAAGCAUUUGAUUUUAAGCUGAAAAUGCGCAUGGUAUUAGGAAGGAAGGAAAUUACGAGUCGUUGCUUGCUUAUUUCAGUUUUAAGCUAAGAAAGAAAUAUUGCCGUCAGCGAGAAAGGAAGUCGAAAAGCUAAAAUUUUUGAAUGUGUGUGAGAAAAGGGGGGAGUAUCGUCUGGCCGCUUUUUUGGGGGAAUGGGGAGAAGACAGUGAGAUGAAAAACAACGUUUGACCUUUUUUUGAGCGUGUAGGGGCAUGAUUUUUGUGAUUCAGCCUGCUGGUUGAUACAUGCGAGCGAGAGAUUUUUUUUUUCCGUUUGUUUCAAGUGUUCGGAAGUGUUUUAUUUUGACCAGUCAGUCGGUCGACUAUUCGUGCAUCGUUUCCGUUCCGCUAUUUUGGGUUUUUUUGUUGUUCCGAACCGGUCGAAGAAGAGUUGAGUGAAGGAUAACACUACGUGUGACUGUCAACGCUGCCCUCCAUAGAGAAAGAAAACUGCACUCGGUGUCGCCAGUUCCCGGCAAAAAGAUGAAAUUUUAUGUGAACAGUUUCAUUGUUUUUCCCGGCGUUUCUUUUUUUUCGGAAAUCCGUGUUGGUCCAUUUUGAACAAUACCUUGGGAUGAGGACGGAAAUGAUCAGUUCUGGCUCAUCGCUCGUAGACCCACGGGGAAUCAAGAUUCUGUCAUGCGUUUUUGUAUCAGCAUUGUAAGUGGAGCAAGUUUUGUGGUCGGCGAGAAGAGGGGUAUCAUAGGGAGAAAGAACAAUGUGGGGUGUGGUUUGACAAGAACAGCCAGUCCUUUUUGUCGUUCAUUACUUUGUAAUCGAGGAGAUGCGAAUACAAACUGGUCGUCA